AUGUCGCAGUAUCCAAACGAUGAUGGAUCCUCCAAGCGGCCGCGAUACAGCAACAUCCCGCCUCCUCCACCUGGGAUGGCCCCUCCUGGUAUGGGUCCACCUCCUGGAAUGGGACCUCCCCCAGGCAUGGCACCGCCUGGAAUGGGACCACCUCCAGGCAUGGCGCCACCAGGAAUGGGUCUUCCCCCGGGAAUGGCUCCACCAGGCAUGACAGCUCCUAAUGGAAUGCCACCACCUGGGAUGGUUCCUCCUGGCAUGGCACCUCCUGGUAUGGGUCCACCAGGAAUGGGACCUCCUCCUGGAAUGGAUCCCAUGCAACAACCAAUGUACCAUGGUGGUUAUGAUCCUCAUGGAAGUGAGGUUCUCCCUCCUCCUCCUGGCAUGUUUGCGGCUCCUCCUGGCAUGCAAGGUCCCCAUCAAAACUUUCAAGUCAGUGAAGAGGAAGCGGCCGAAAAGGCCAAGAAGUGGGAAGAGAUGCAGUCUCAAAGUUACAACGAACCCAAAAAGAUGCAAGCUACUUCGGCACCUCAAAAGGAAGUCAUGCCUGCAGAUUUUCUCCGAAAGAUUUUGCAAGAUCACGGAGACAUGUCGAGCAAGAGAUAUCAAUCCGAGAAGCGAUUGUAUUUGGGUGCGCUGAAAUAUGUUCCUCAUGCCUUGUACAAACUGCUGGAAAACAUUCCCAUGCCUUGGGAAUCGUACAAGGAAGUCCCCGUCCUGUUUCAUAUUACAGGUGCCAUUUGUUUUGUGGACCAUGUGCCAAAGGUGAUCGAACCAGUGUAUAGAGCCCAGUGGGGUACUGCCUGGCUCAUGAUGCGUCGGGAAAAGAGAGAUCGCCGGCACUUCAAGCGAAUGCGAUUUCCUCCCUUUGAUGAUGAGGAACCUCCUCUUGAUUAUGUCGACCAUUUGUUGAAUGUGGAACCGGCAGAGGCUGUCCAAUUGGAUCUGAGCGACGACCAGUACGAAUUGAUUAGAGAUUGGUUUUACGAUCCAGAGCCACUCAGUGAUAUUCGUACGGAAGGGCCCAAUCCAUUGUCCAAGCAUGUUUACGUGAAUGGUCCGAGUUACAAAAAGUGGAGGUUGAGCACAGAGAUCAUGAUACAACUUUAUGAUCUUGCGCAACCAUUACUCAAUACUUUUCCGGAUAAAAAUUUGCGAUACCUCUUUGACUUGCCGCAAUUCUUGACAGCAAAGGCGUUGAAUGCGGCCAUUCCAGGAGGUCCCAAGUUUGAACCCUUGUUUCGGGAUGUGGACGAGGAUGAAGAUUGGAACGACUUUAACGAUAUUUCCAAAAUCAUCAUUCGGCAACGCAUUCGUACCGAGUAUAAGAUUGCCUUUCCUCACGUGUACAACUCUCGUCCACGCAAGGUGAAGUUGGCACCGUAUCAUCACGUUCAGUCGAACUAUGUGGGAGAUGGAGACGAAGAGGAAGGCGUCCAUUGCUUUCAAGCGUACCCAUCACAGCUUAAUCCAAUUAUGCGAGUGGAACAAGACAGCUGGAAAGGAGAUUAUGACGAAUUCGAAGAUGACGACUUUGACCUUCCAUUGGUUGGUGAAUGCGAAGAUGAAAAUGAUGAUGUUUGGGCACAACACUUUCAAGAAGAUGAUAUGGACUAUGGGGAAGGAAGUGAUGCUGGUGACGAACCACUCACCACAUCGGUUACUCCCUUCCUUGCAGAUGCACCAUUGUCCACACCUCAGACUUCAGCUGGUAUCGCAUUGUAUGCUGCUCCGCAUCCAUUCAACAUGAGAUCUGGUCGUACAAGACGCACCAUUGACAUUCCUCUGAUAGGUCAUUGGUUCCGCGAUAGAAUUUCGAGGGAUUUGAAUUAUCCUACCAAGGUUCGUGUGUCCUAUCAAAAGCUACUCAAGGCAUGGGUAUUGAAUCAAUUGAAUGCCAAACCACACAAACCAAAAACAAAACGAGCAUUGUUCAAGAGUCUCAAGAGUACCAAGUUCUUUCAAUGUACGGAAUUGGAUUGGGUGGAAGUCGGUCUACAAAUAUGCAGGCAGGGACAUAAUGUGCUGAAUCUUCUCAUUCAUAGAAAGCAACUCAAGUACCUGCAUUUGGAUUACAAUUUCAACUUGAAACCAACCAAGACUUUGACAACCAAAGAGAGAAAGAAAUCUCGUUUCGGAAAUGCUUUCCACUUGGUUCGAGAGAUUUUGCGCUUGACAAAACUGAUUGUGGAUGCGCAUGUGCAGUACAGAUUGUCCAACAUUGAUGCCUUUCAGCUCAACGAUGGUCUGCAAUAUGCCUUCAACCACGUUGGGCAAUUGACAGGAAUGUACCGUUACAAGUAUCGUCUUAUGCGACAGAUUCGUACUUGUAAGGAUCUCAAGCACUUGAUCUACUAUCGCUUCAACACAGGUCCUGUUGGAAAGGGACCUGGUGUUGGUUUCUGGGCACCAAGUUGGAGAGUUUGGAUGUUCUUUUUGAGAGGUAUCGUGCCACUUUUGGAGAAUUGGUUGGGGAACUUGCUCGCGCGUCAAUUUGAAGGACGUUUGUCCAAGUCAUUCGCUAAGAAUGUGACCAAGCAGAGAGUCGAGUCGCACUUUGAUUUGGAACUCCGCGCUUCAGUCAUGCAUGAUAUCCUCGACAUGAUGCCCGCAGGAGUAAAGCAAAACAAGUCUCGAGUCAUCCUCAGUCAUUUGAGUGAAGCAUUCCGUUGCUGGAAGGCAAAUAUUCCGUGGAAGGUUCCUGGUAUGCCUGCUCCAGUCGAAAACAUGAUCUUACGUUAUGUCAAGGCAAAGGCUGAUUGGUGGACCAAUAUUGCCCACUACAAUCGCGAAAGAAUCAAGCGUGGUGGAACUGUUGACAAGACGGUUGUGAAGAAAAACCUGGGUCGUUUGACUCGUCUUUGGUUGAAGGCAGAGCAAGAAAGGCAGCACAACUACCUCAAGGAUGGGCCAUACGUAUCAGCAGAGGAAGCAGUUGCGAUCUACACCACAACAGUGCAUUGGUUGGAAAGCCGAAAGUUCACUCCAAUUCCGUUCCCCCCGCUGUCAUACAAGCACGACACCAAGUUGCUGAUCUUGGCACUAGAACGACUGAAGGAAAGCUAUGGCCUCCAGGCUCGUCUAAACAGUGCUGCCAGAGAAGAGCUUGCACUCAUCGAACAAGCCUAUGAUAACCCCCACGAGGCUUUGAGUCGAAUCAAACGACACUUGCUAACCCAAAGAACUUUCAAGGAAGUGGAGAUUGAGUUCAUGGAUAUGUACCAGUACCUAUCUCCUGUUUACACGAUUGAGCCGCUGGAAAAGAUCACCGAUGCGUACUUGGAUCAAUAUUUGUGGUAUGAAGCUGACAAACGGCAUUUGUUCCCAAGCUGGAUUAAGCCUGCAGAUUCAGAGCCGCCACCGCUGUUGGUGUACAAAUGGUGUCAAGGUAUUAACAACUUGGAAGACAUUUGGGAUGUCGAUGACAAUGGGGACAGUGUUGUACUCCUCCAGUCAAAGUUUGAGAAAUUCUACGAGAAGAUUGACCUCACCUUGUUGAACCGUCUAUUGAGAUUGAUUGUGGAUCAUAAUAUUGCAGAUUAUAUGACCGCCAAGAACAAUGUCAGCAUCUCGUUCAAGGAUAUGAUGCACACAAACAGUUAUGGUUUGAUCAGAGGUUUACAGUUUGCAUCCUUUAUCACUCAGUAUUAUGGUCUGAUUCUUGACCUGCUGGUCCUUGGAUUGAGAAGAGCAAGUGAGAUUGCUGGACCUCCACAACGACCAAACGAGUAUCUCACCUUUGCAGAUAUCGAGACUGAAGUAAGUCAUCCGAUCCGCAUGUAUACUAGGUACCUGGACAAGGUGUACAUGCUGUUCAAGUUUGAUUCCAAUGAUAGCAAGGACUUGAUCCAGCGAUACUUGAUUGAGCACCCCGAUCCAAACAAUGAGAAUGCUGUUGGAUACCGAAACAAGAAGUGUUGGCCUCGCGAUUGCCGUAUGCGCUUGUUGAAGCGGGAUGUGAACCUUGGCCGAGCGGCGUUCUGGGACAUGAAGAACCGUCUUCCAAGAAGUGUCACCACUCUUGACUGGGACAAUUCCUUUGUCAGUGUUUACAGCGCCGACAAUCCGAACUUGCUCUUCGAUAUGUGUGGAUUUGAAGUAAGAAUCAAUCCUAUCAGAGCUGUUCGACGUGACCCAAUCAGCGGAGGUUUUGCAGAGCCUACUGGAACGACUUAUCGUGAUGGUGUGUGGAAUCUCCAAAACGAUACGACUAAGGAAAUGACAGCUCAGGCACACCUUCGAGUCGAGGAGGAAGCUGUUCAAGCUUUCGAUAACAGAAUCCGACAGAUCUUGAUGAGUAGUGGAGCAACGACAUUCACCAAGAUUGCCAAUAAGUGGAACACCGCAUUGAUUGGAUUGAUGACAUAUUAUCGUGAAGCAGUGCUAAACACACAAGAGCUUCUCGAUAUGCUGGUAAAGAACGAGAACAAGAUUCAAACUAGAAUCAAAAUUGGUCUGAACAGUAAGAUGCCAAGCCGUUUCCCUCCUGUUGUCUUUUAUUGCCCAAAAGAAUUGGGUGGUUUGGGUAUGUUGUCAAUGGGUCAUGUUUUGAUCCCUCAAAGUGAUCUGCGCUUCAGCAAGCAAACUGAUAUGGGCAUUACACAUUUCCGAUCUGGUUUGAGCCACGACGCGGACCAACUUAUCCCAAAUCUUUUCAGGUACUUGCAACCAUGGGAAAGUGAGUUUGUUGAUUCUCAGCGCGUGUGGGCCGAAUACGCUCUGAAGCGGCAAGAGGCAAACAGCCAGAAUCGCCGGUUGACGUUGGAGGAUCUUGAGGACUCUUGGGAUCGCGGUAUCCCUCGUAUCAACACAUUGUUCAGCAAGGACCGUCACACCUUGGCAUACGAUAGAGGAUGGAGAUUGAGAACAGAGUUCAAGCAAUACCAGAUUCUUCGAGUCAAUCCCUUCUGGUGGACGCAUCAGCGCCACGAUGGAAAGCUAUGGAACCUCAAUGCCUACAGAACAGAUAUGAUCCAAGCUCUAGGUGGUGUUGAGGGAAUUCUAGAGCACAGUCUUUUCAAGGGCACGUACUUCCCAACCUGGGAGGGUCUUUUCUGGGAGAAGGCUUCUGGCUUCGAAGAGAGUAUGAAAUUCAAAAAAUUGACCAACGCUCAGCGAUCUGGUCUUACGCAGAUUCCAAACCGUCGUUUCACCUUGUGGUGGUCGCCAACCAUCAAUCGGGCAAAUGUCUAUGUUGGUUUCCAAGUGCAAUUGGACCUAACUGGGAUCUUCAUGCACGGAAAGAUUCCAACCUUGAAGAUCUCGUUGAUUCAAAUCUUCCGAGCACAUCUCUGGCAAAAAAUUCAUGAGAGUAUUGUCAUGGACAUCGCACAGGUUUUCGAUCAGGAACUCGAUGCUUUAGAAAUCGAGAGUGUUCAGAAAGAAACAAUUCACCCAAGAAAGUCUUACAAGAUGAACAGCAGUUGUGCCGAUCUUGUUUUGUUCGCAGCAUACAAGUGGCCAGUCUCAAGACCAAGUUUGCUGCAUGACACCAAGGAUGACUAUGACGGUAGCACAUCGAACAAAUAUUGGCUUGAUGUCCAAUUGCGCUGGGGCGACUUUGAUUCUCAUGAUAUUGAACGUUACUCAAGGGCCAAAUAUCUCGACUAUACUUCCGACAACAUGAGCAUUUAUCCUUCUCCAACAGGUUGCUUGCUUGCCAUUGACCUUGCAUACUCGUUGUACAGUGGUUUCGGAAACUUCGUUCCUGGUGGGAAACCACUGUUGCAACAAGCUAUGGCAAAGAUCAUCAAAGCCAACCCUGCACUUUACGUUCUUCGCGAGCGCAUCCGAAAGGGUCUGCAGUUGUACUCCAGUGAACCGACUGAGCCUUACUUGAGUUCCCAGAACUACGGAGAACUCUUCAGUAACCAAGUGAUCUGGUUCGUCGAUGACACCAACGUUUAUCGAGUGACGAUUCACAAGACUUUUGAAGGAAACCUAACAACCAAGCCCAUCAACGGAGCUAUCUUUAUUUUCAACCCAAGAACUGGUCAGUUGUUCCUCAAGGUUAUCCACACUAGUGUUUGGGCCGGCCAGAAACGUCUCUCGCAGCUUGCAAAAUGGAAGACUGCCGAAGAAGUUGCCGCUCUUAUUCGCUCGCUACCCAUCGAGGAACAGCCAAAGCAGAUUAUCGUUACUCGCAAGGGAAUGUUGGAUCCAUUGGAGGUUCACUGUCUCGAUUUCCCCAACAUUGUUUUGAAGGGAUCCGAACUUCAGCUUCCGUUCCAAGCUGCAUUGAAGGUCGAGAAAUUCGGCGAUCUCAUUCUGCGAGCAACAGAACCACAGAUGGUCCUCUUCAACAUCUACGAUGAUUGGCUCAAAUCGAUUUCGUCCUACACAGCUUUCUCGAGAUUGAUUCUCAUCUUGCGUGGUCUUCACGUCAAUGUUGACAAGGUGAAGCAAAUCCUUCGACCUGACAGAAGUGUGGUCACUGAGCCCCAUCACGUGUGGCCAAGUCUAUCUGAUGAGCAAUGGAUCAAGGUCGAGGUUGCUCUAAAGGAUCUGAUUUUGGCAGACUAUGGAAAGAAAAACAAUGUAAACGUUUCCAGUCUCACUCAAAGCGAAAUCCGUGACAUCAUUCUUGGUAUGGAAAUUGCUCCUCCUUCUGUUCAACGGCAACAAGUUGCAGAAAUUGAAGCCCAGACUCGUGAGCAAUCUCAGAUGUCCGCUACGACCACUAAAACCACAAACGUCCAUGGCGAACAGAUUGUUGUUACUACCACAACUCAAUAUGAAGCUGCAGCCUUCCAGAGCAAAACAGACUGGAGAGUACGUGCUAUCAGUGCUACAAAUCUGCACCUCCGAACCAAGCACAUCUACGUUUCUUCUGAAGAUAUUUCAGAGGACGGUCUUACCUAUGUGCUACCAAAGAAUAUUCUGUCCAAGUUCAUUACAAUUGCUGACCUUCGUACGCAAAUUGCGGGUUACUUGUAUGGCGUUACGCCACCUGAUAAUGACCAAGUUCGCGAAAUUCGUUGCAUCGUCAUGGUUCCCCAGGUUGGAAACCACCAGAGUGUGACAAUGCCGAAGAACUUGCCCGAUGACACAAUGUUGGAGGAUUUGGAGCCACUUGGAUGGAUCCACACGCAACCUAAUGAACUCAUUCAGAAUGGUUCUCAAGUAUUGCCGGCCCCUGAUGUGGUCUCCCAUGCAUCAAUCAUGGCAGACAAUCCUGAUGCCUGGAAUGGCCAGAACGAGAUCAUCAUCACAAGUUCUUUCACACAAGGCUCGUGCUCUUUGACUGCCUACCAUGUAACGGAGACUGGUCUUGAGUGGGGCAAAAAGAGUCGCAAUGUUGCUGGAGGCGUUGCCAAUGCUGAGAAUUAUAACUCUGCCUGUUUUGAGAAGGUUCAAAUGCUUUUGAGUGACCGAUUCAAGGGAUUCUUCAUGGUUCCCAGCGAUGGUCUUGGAUGGAACUACAACUUCCAAGGUGUCAAGCAUAGCGUCGGAAUGGAAUAUUCCCUCAAAAUGGAUGUUCCAGAGAGCUUCUACGCAGAAUGCCAUCGUCCACAACAUUUCUUGUCAUUUGUGCAAAUGGAAGAGGGAGAUGCCGAUGACGGUGCUGAUGUUGAUGACUUCCUCGAGUUUGUUUAA